AUGAAAGCCAUCAUCCUGCACACUCCCGGCCCCCCAGACACUCUCAAGCUCACUCACCACCCCAUCCCAAUUCCUAAACCAGGUGAACUCCGCAUCAGAAUCAAAGCAUUCGGCCUCAACCGCUCCGACCUCCUCACCCGGCAAGGCCACGCCAAUCACCCCAUCACCUACCCCCGAAUCCCCGGCAUCGAAGCCGUCGGCAUCAUCGACACAGCCCCGGGCCUAGAAGACACUUUCCCGCCGGGUAGCACCGUAGCGACCGCCAUGGGCGGGAUGGGGACAGUUUUCGACGGGGGCUACGCCGAGUAUACAUGCGUUCCAGCCGGGCAGACGCAGCUCCUCCGGCCCAAGACGACUCUGCCAUGGGAGAUUCUCGGAGCGAUCCCGGUGAUGGUGCCGACGGCGUGGGGUGCGCUGAUUCGGUCGCUGGGGCUUAGGGCGAAGGAUCGGUUGUUGAUACGUGGGGGGACGACGUCUGUGGGGCUGGCGGCCGCUGCGAUUGCGAAGGUGCAUGGGGCGUAUGUGGCCAGUACGACGAGGAAGAAGGAGCGGGAGGCGAUGUUACUUGAGAAUGGGGCGGAUCGGGUCUGGAUUGACGAUGGGGCGGUUGCGGAGCAGAUUCGGGAUGCGGACUCGGGCUGUUACUAUGAUAAAGUGCUUGAGCUGGUGGGUUCAGCUACUUUGGCUGACUCGCUGCGGUGUGUGAAGAAAGGGGGUGUUGUAUCUCUGGUCGGCAGGUUGAGUGAGAAUGGGGAUCUGGAGAAGGUGGAUCUGAUGGAGUUGAUCCCCUCUGGGGUCAAGCUGACGGUGUACCGGGGGACGUCUGAGAAUUUCAUGAGCACGCCGCUGGAUGCGGUACUGAGGCUGGUUGAGCAGGGAAGUUUGAAAUUCAAGAUCGGACGAGUAUUGCGGAUGGAACAGAUUGUCGAGGCCCAUCGGUGUAUGGAACAAAAUGAAGCGGAAGGGAAGAUUGUGAGUCUCCCAUGA